AUGUCUACUUACGAAAUCAAUAGUAGUAAGCAUUUGGCCACGGUUGAUGUUAAACAAAUCAAUGAAGAAGAAUAUGACAGUCGUCCAGUUGAUGCCGGUCCAAGAAAAUUCAAAUAUGAUGGUGUAGCCAGAGCUGAAAGAUUAGCUGGUGGGGCUAAAUUAAGAGAUAUCCUUAUGAUUCUUUGUGCUGGUUUCGCUUUAAUCUCAGAUGGUUAUCAAAAUAAUCUUAUGGCUAUGUUAAAUAAAGUCUUUGCCUUAGAAUAUCCAGAAGAAUAUACUGGACCAAUGUCAACUCAAGUUUCCAAUGCUGCUAUUGUGGGUACUAUUUUUGGUCAAUUCAUUAUUGGUAUUGCUUCUGAUUAUAUGGGAAGAAAAUGGUCUAUUGUUACCGCCACAUGUUUCCUUAUUUUUGGUUCUAUUAUGUGUGCUGCUUCUCAUGGUAACACCAUUACUGGUAUGUUCUGGAUGUUAACUGUUGCAAGAGGUGUUACUGGUUUCGGUAUUGGUGCUGAAUAUCCAUCUUCUUCAGUUACUGCUUCUGAAGCUGCUAAUGAAUCCGUUAAAAGAAGAGGUGGUGCCUUUAUUAUGUGUACCAAUUUCCCAUUAGCUCUUGGUGGUCCAUUCGCUUUAAUCAUCUUUUUAGUUGUUAACAGAAUUACUGGUAAUCAUUAUAAUGCUCUUUGGAGAACUAUGUUCGCCAUUGGUUGUUUCUGGCCAAUGUCUGUUUUCUAUUUCAGAUGGAAAAUGGUUACUUCUGUGUUAUAUAAAAAAUCUGCUGUUAGUAGAGUUCCAUUCAAAGAUAUGGUUUGGUACUAUUCUUUGGCUGUUAGAAAAUACUGGAGAAGAAUUAUCGGUACCUGUGUAGCUUGGUUCCUUUAUGAUUUCGUUAUUUUCCCAAAUGGUAUUUUCUCCGCUACUAUUAUCACUAAUGUUAUUCCAAAAUCUGAAGGUUCUAAUUUAGAAUUAAUUGCUGAAUGGAAUUUAUUAAUUAAUACCGUUGCCUUACCAGGUGUCUUUAUUGGUGCUUACUUAAAUGAUGUUAUUGGUAGAAAAUAUACUAUGAUGCUUGGUUUCUCUGGUUAUAUCGUUUUCGGUUUAGCUGUUGGUUUAUCAUAUGACAAAAUUGUUAAUAAGACUGCCUUAUUCAUUGUUCUUUACGGCUUAAUGACUGCAUGUGGUAACAUGGGUCCAGGUGAUGGUUUAGGUUUAAUUUCUUCUGAAUCUUACCCAACACCUAUCAGAGGUACUUUCUACGGUUUAUCUGCUGCUAUUGGUAAAGUCGGUGCUAUUGCUGGUACAAAGUCCUUCACUCCAAUUCAAGUUCAUUUAGGUGACAGAUGGACUUUCAUCAUUGCUGCUUGUUGUGGUUUAGCCGGUGUUUUAGUUACCUUUUUCUUUGUUCCUCAUUUAACUGAUGAUGAUUUAAUGGAAGAAGAUGUUAAAUUCAAAAAUUUCUUAAUUGAACAUGGCUGGACCGGUCACUUUGGUUUGAAAGAAAAUGAUAGUGAAGAAGAUUUCGAAUCUGAUGAAAGUGAUUCAAUUGAUAAAAUUUAAGUUUAACCGUUUGUUUUCUCUUUGAUUUCAAUUCUUUAUGGGUAUAUAUUGCUUUAGUUUUAUAAUAUAAAUAUAUUUAAGUUGCUUUUUUAUUUUAAAGAUGA